AUGCGGGGCUCUCUACUCUGGGUUACUCUGGGGGUACUGGGGGUCCUAGAAAAAGGGGGGCACACCAACCAAAACCCCCACCAGCCCUUUCAGGUCACCUGGAUCUUAAAAAAUGGAGAGACCUACGAAGAGCUAAACCGGACCACAGCCACCCAACCGAAAGAUAAGUGGUGGCCUGACCUAUACUUUCACCUCCAACAGCUAACCAAGACCUCAUGGGCCCGGGCAUAUCUCAGAAAGGUCGGGUUUUAUGCCUGCCCGGGACAUCAGCGGGAAAACAUAAAGACCUGUGGGGGAAUGGUGAGCCGCUACUGUAAAUCCUGGGACUGUGUCACUUCCAACGAUGGGUACUGGAAAUGGUCGGUGACCAAGCCAGACCUGAUCAAUAUGUCCUUCGUAAAUCCCAUCACCCAGGACAUGUGGAACCACAGAUUCACAAAGUACUGCCCCGACUCUCGCCUACCCUCACCCCCUCUUCAGCUGACCCGGACUGACCCACCAGAGACCCAAGAACCCCUGUGGGCCUUGGUCAAAGAAACCUACGGGGCCCUCAACCACUCCAAUCCUAAUCCGACCCAAUCCUGCUGGCUUUGCUACACCCUACAUCCACCUUACUACGAGGCUGUGGGCUUAAAUGCUACCUACAACUUAUCCAUUCUCUCCAACCCACUGCAGUGCUCUUGGGGAGACCGCAAGGUGGGCCUUACCAUGAAAGAAGUAUGGGGUUCGGGGACCUGCUUAGGCACGGUUCCUACAGAUAAACAAACCUUGUGCGCCCAGACUGGCGAUGAUACCAACUUCACCAAUAAGACCUACGUCAUACCCGAAACCAGGGGGUGGUGGGUAUGCUCACAGACUGGGCUAACGCCCUGUCUCCACUUGGCUGUCUUCAACCAGAGCAGGGGAUUCUGUGUCAUGCUAGCGGUAGUGCCCAAGAUUACAUACCAUCCAGAAGAGGUCCUCUACAACUUUUGGGACCGAGACACCCCAGCUCCUAGACAUAAGAGGGAGCCCGUUACAGCUAUUACUCUGGCAACGCUGUUCGCCCUGGGGGCAGCUGGAACGGGCACGGGCAUUGCUUCCCUGACCACACAACAUCAGGGCCUGAUCACCCCGAGGGCCGCAAUUGACGAAGACGUCGCCCGCAUAGAGAAGUCCAUGAUGGCCCUAGAAAAGUCCCUGACUUCCCUUUCCGAAGUGGUAUUACAAAACCGCAGAGGACUAGACCUGGUCUUUUUGCAGCAGGGGGGCCUCUGUGCAGCCCUCAAAGAAGAAUGCUGUUUCUACGCUGAUCAUACUGGGGUGGUUCGAGAGUCCAUGGCUAAAGUAAGAGAGGGAUUAGAACGCAGAAGAGAGAGGGAGGCCCAGCAGGGCUGGUUUGAGUCCUGGUUCCAGAGCUCCCCUUGGCUGACAACUUUGCUAUCCUCCCUAAUGGGACCACUCAUCAUUCUCCUGCUGCUCCUGACUUUCGGGCCCUGUAUCCUAAAUAAGCUUUUGGCCUUUAUCAAACAACAGCUCAACAAGGUCCAGCUGAUGGUGCUGCGACAGCAGUACCAAGGGCUUCCAACAAACACUCCGUGACAAAAUUAACGGCAGACGCCCCCUGUCAUCCCGGCCACACCCUACCCCUCGCCGCCCCCGUUCAGCAGGAAGUAGCCAGAGAGGACCAGCACCCCUUGUCCUAUAUCAAAAAGGCUGGGAUGAAAGGUUGGGCAUGUUGAGGCAUGCCCCGGAAAAGUGCUGCAGACGAGUCCCAGAGGCUGGCCAACAACCAAGCAGGCACCAGGAGCGGACCAAACUUCCGGGGACCGACCCCCUGCAGCCUGGUCCAAUCAGGUGCCGUCACGGAGCCCUUGGACACCAACCGCCGCUGUAGCCCACGCUUUCUACCUUAUAUGGGAGAGCCUGGCUUGGACGCUGGCCCUGGCUAUAAAACCUUUCCCCACCCCUCAUACCUCGCAGACUCCUUGCUCACCUGCCCCCGGGAGUUCUGCCCGAGAGCGACCGCCCAAUAAAGGCCUUCAUCAACGGUC